AUGGCCUUUCUGCCCUGUCUUUGGCUGUUAGCUGAUCUGGUGACUCUCCGUGUCGGCGCGGCGAGCCCAAACCGCUGGAGCUCCAUGCCGAACCGCUGCACCGCGGGCAGCAACUGCGUGGUGCCUGCAGACGAGCAUUGGCUCCUUGAUUGGUCCCCACCCGAGCUUGCUUCGUUGACGAUCCGGGGCAAGCUGGAGUGGGACAGUGGCAUCGAUGACCUGCAGCUAACAGCUGGAUACGUGCUCGUGGAAGGCAAGGGCAUCCUCGAGAUCGGAACAGAGAGCCAGCCGAUGUCUAACCUGGCCACCAUCAACCUGACUGACGCGCAGGCGUCUCCGCACCCAACGCUUGGAAGUCGCUUCCUUGCCGGCCAAGACAAGGCACAGAUCCACAUGCAUGGCCGGCCUCUCGGCACAUGGACUUUGCUGGCAAGAGACGUGGCCAAGGGCGAGUCCGAGAUAGAGCUGAAGGAGGACCCCCGGGCACUGUCCUGGCGGAUAGGCGAUGUGAUCGGAAUCGCGACGACAAAUCGUGGCCGAACGCAGCCGUACAAGAUCGUGGAACUCGGCCUUGCUGGCAGCAAGACAGUCAAGAUUGAUCCGCCUGCGGCGGCAGACUACUGGGGAGGUUGGCGACCGAUUCACCACGCUUCCGGUCGAUCUUCCGCGGACUUCAACAAGAGCUUCGAGCUCGCAGCUGAAGUCGUGAACUUGCAGAGAUCUGUGGUCAUCACCGGGCCGCCCAAUUGGGACACGGCCGAUUGGAAGGGGCUUCAUACACUGAUGACCGGCCAUGGUUUCAUGGACGCUCGCUACAUCCGCGUGGAGAAUUGUGGGCAGCCACCGCAUCAGGGGAGAUAUUGCCUGCAUUUCCACUUGAUGCACCGCUGCCCCCGCUGUGUCCUCCACGGCAACGCCGUGGUCAACUCCACACAGGUCGGCAUCACGGUCCACGGCACCCACCAAGCCAGGGUGUCGAGCAACAUCCUCUGGAACACCAUGUCUGCCGGCGUGUAUGUGGAGGAUGGUAACGAGAUGAACAAUACCUUUGAGGAGAAUAUCUUGAUAUGCAUGCAUCAGGUGCCGCCGAUCAACCCCCUACCUUGCAACAAGGGCGACACGGGCAUCUGCCCUGAAGCUCGACGGGGCUGCACCUACGACAUGUUCAACCAGGGUGGCCGGCUCGGCGGCUUCUUUGUUAUUGGCAUGACCAACGAUUUCAUAAGGAACCGCGUUGUGAACAUGGAGAAUUGCUUUUGGUUCAAAGGCACGGCAGAUCCAGCUGGCCGGGGGCAUGCAGCAGGCAAGGUGUGCCCUGUGCACCUGCCUUUGGGCCGCAUACGUGGCAAUGUGUGUCACGACAACCGGCGCUUCGGCAUGUACCUCGACAGCCAGCAGCCCCGUAUGCUGCCGAGAGAUGAGAACGGGUUUGUGGCAGAUAUUCACGAUCCAACCUCUAGCUGUUUUAAUGAGGUGACUCCCACUGGACAAGACGCGGGUGUGGUUCCAGCCAACGUCGUCGAAGACGAGUUGGACUGGCACAACGAGUUCGUGGGCCAGUACAUUUUGACAGACGUCCGUUAUGUGCGCUAUGUCGGUAUAAACAACAUGCACUGCAUGUACUGGAAAUCGUCGAAGAAGUUUGCGGAUGAAGGGCGGUACCACGUGGCGGACUCCAUGUGCAUUAAUGUACCCAGUGGCGGCCUUUUCUCCUGGCCUGCCGGGCAAUUCCUCGGACCUGCCGGGGCUUUCACAUUUGGCCUCAAGAAUGUCACCUUUGUGGGCAACCCUGGUGCCAGCGGCGCCCUAUCCGCUGGGCAGCACUGUAUGGAUGGCGGAGCCGGCGGACCAUGCAACGUUCAGUACCUGCUGGAGGACGUGGACUUUUCGGCCGUGUCCAAGUCCACGAAGCUCAUCCAAUUCGGGGUGAACAGCAAGCCCGAGGGCAAGGUGCUGCCGGUCUUCCUGGCACGCGAUGGCUCCCUCGGGGGCUUCCGAUCAAUUGUGAGCAGCCAUCUCGAUGGCUUCCUCGAUCAGGGAUGUGAGAAGCUGGGGUUGGACUGGGACUCUGGUUUUGGAUGCAAUUUCCCUGUGCGACGCCUCAGCGUUUGGACACCGGCAGCCGUGGCUGGCGACGUUCAGCUUUCUGGACCGGGCUUCACCGGGGUAGCUCCGAACUACCAGUUCCCCAGCUUCGGUGGGAAUGCCGGACUCCUUUCCUAUGCGAUGAACUACAACGGCUACGGCGCACUGGCAAUACCUGGCCGGGUGUAUGAGCUGACUGGCGAAUGGAGGGAUGGCCCCAUGGUCGACGUGGACUUCUCGGAUGGCGCCUUGCCCGGCUACUUCGGCGAUGCAGACGAGGAGGUCACCCUGAAGACCUCUCUGGGAACAUGCACCCUUCGCUCGUCGAAGGCGCACCCUCCAUUCACCGGACGCCUGGGUCCAGUUCCUGGGGCGCCGCAGAGCGACUGCGGGACGAAGCUUUUCAAUCCCACGCCAGCGCAACCAAGCGGCGAAGCAGUUGUGGAAGGUGUGAACAUCGCCCUGAAUCGGCCCACCGUCGCCUCCUCGACUGAGGGCGGCAAUCCCAAUCUCAGCUCGAAUCGGGCCGUGGACGGAUCGUCAGAGACGCGGUGGGGCUCCGCCUUCUCAGACGGUGAAUGGCUAGCGAUCGACCUCGGGGUAGUUUACGAGCUCUUCGCAGUAUCUAUCGACUGGGAAGCUGCCUAUGCAAGCACCUACUCCGUGCAGCUGCGGUCGAAUGAAGCCGAACCCUGGCAUACCGCAGCAGAGGCGGUGAAUGGACACGAGGGGCAGGUUCAGACGAUCUUCCCGGAGCAUAAUGCGCGCUACGUCAGAAUCGUUUGUCAGACGAGGGCCACUCCCUGGGGCUGCAGCAUCAAAGAGCUGCAGGUGUUCCCGACCUACCUUGGCCUCUUCGAGCCUGUAGAUGGCGGCACCGACCGAGCCUGCAGAGGAGAGUCUUCUUCGGACAACUCUCCUGCACAUUACACCGUGGUCCAGAAGGACAGCCUAAAACUGUGCAAGAAGGCUUGCGAGGAGACCCCCAACUGCGUGGGAGUGGAGUACAGCAGCGCUCGCUGCGAGCUGUGGACUCGACGCGAUCGAAUCGGCGCUUCCAUCGCGCUGACCGGGUUCACGUGCCUUCACUUCCUGCGACCAAGCUCCGAAUGCCAAGCCCUCUUCGAAGGGGUGGAUGGCUCAGAGGGACGAGCUUGCCGUGGAAAUGGGCCGGGUGACAACUCGUUUACAUACUACUAUGUCAGAAACGCCGAGUCUAUCGACAGCUGUCAAGCAUUCUGUGAGGGAGAUGCAAACUGUGUCGGCAUGGAGUACAGUGCUUCGCGCUGUGAGGUCUGGAUCCGGCCAGAGGGAAUCCAAGCGAGCAUUCAGCUUCCGGGAUUCAGCUGCCGGCGCAUCGUUCGCUGGGGCACCGGCUGCUCCAGCCUCCCGGGCCCCGCCGCCGACCCAGGGCACGAGCCCGUCACCAGCACCUUCAUCGCGGCGGUUUCAACCCCAACAGCUUGGAUUGUUUGCGCUUUGGUAGUAUCGGUGGCGCUUCUGGCUGUGUUGGCACUGUGUUGGUGGAAGAAGAGAGCCUGGCCGAGCGACGCACGGACCCCCACUACCCCGAAGUCCGAUGUCGAGAAGCAACACUUCCUCAUCUGA